CAGAAGGCGAGGGUUUUGUACUUCCACCCAACAUGAGGAAGGCAUUUGGGGAAAUAGACUUAGAUUCAAUUGACUUUCAGCUUAUUCAUACCAAGUUCAAUCCAUAUCUGUGGCAUCAAACUCACCAAGAAGUGAGGUCAGAAAUACUGAGCCUCGAGUUUAGUGACGAUAACGGAAAUGUAUUCCCUGUUGGAGGAGAUGACGUCGACAUCGAUAUCGACAUCAAAAUACCCCUCCUUUCCGGCAACGCGUCUUCAAAUAAUUUUUUCAUCAGACCACUCACCAUGCGAUACCAUAUCGUCGCGCUUGAUGACAUUUCUGAUUCCAUCAUCCUCGAAGUUAAACCAAUCAACAGAAGUCUAAUGAUGGUGGUGUAUGUUAAACAUGGAGGGCGACCAACUUUGAACGACUUUGAUUUUUACGCUGUUAUUCCUGAUUACUCUUCCUGCCGUUAUGAUGCUCUCAAUGGUAAUUUGGUCCUUAAGUGUGUCACAAGUCCAUACGAAGUCAUGUCUACUAGAGAUUUUAACCAGACGGGUCUAUACUAUGUCGGCGUGUUGUAUAUUGAAAAGAGUCAGCUAAAUCACACCCGAACUAGACGGUCAUGCUUCGGAAGAAAGAGACAGAGAAGGGACUGUGUUGAGCCAAAGCCUCCUCCAGUGAGAGGGAUUGAGUACAAUAGAACAUUAACCUAUAAUCCCGCUACUGAUCAGAACUACAGUGUCAAAGUUCAGAAAUACAGCUGUUAUUAUUUCUCUUUGACACAAAACAGGUGGAGUAAGGACGGCUGCAAGGUCGGUGAUGAGACGAACGAACAACUACUUCACUGUAGGUGUAACCACCUUACUGCGUUCGCCGGUGGUUUCCUCAUUGCACCAAAUCCAAUUGAUUUCGACAAAGUCUUUGUAGAGUUUACUAGACUCGGUGAAACAGGAAAUUAUGUGGUGCUUUCAACUGUCUGCGCCAUUUUUGGUGUGUAUUUGUUGGUGAUUAUUUGGGCGAGAAAAGCAGAUAUGUUAGAUGAAAGAAAGUUGGGUCCAACUGUGAAUAUAAAAUCCAACGCGAACAGCGCACACAAAUAUGAUGUGACCAUAAUUACCGGUGUGUGGAGACAAGCUGGCACAUCCUCAAGCGUGUUUGCUAAAUUCUACGGAACUGAAAAUUGUACUAAGGAUGUCAACUUGACUGGCAACGGUCCACCAGGAAGAAAACUGUUUGCAAGAGGCAGUAUCGAUAGGUUCGUCCUUCACUGUGACAGUCCGCUCGGAAGUGUGUUUAAAGUUGAAAUGUGGCAUGAUAACAGUGGAAAAAAUUCUUCUUGGUUCCUGGAUCAAGUUCACAUCGUUGAAAGAAGUACAGGAGAAAAGUGGGAUUUCUUUCAUCAUAAUUGGCUGGCACUUCACAAAGGUAAUGGAACAACUACUGUGACUCUCAUGUCCCAUGAUAAUGGUCAGCACAGCCCAGGGUUUAAAAGUAUGUUUCACUCAUUGGCUGCAGCAGAGCUGGCCGAUUAUCACAUCUGGGCUUCCGUCGUUGCCAGACCACCACGCAAUUCCUUCACACGCGUUCAGCGUGCCUCUUGUUGCCUUUCUUUUCUGUAUUUGGCAAUGGUAUGUAACGCUAUGUUCUAUCUUGUGGUUGGUGGUUCCGAGGAGUUGAUCCAGAUAGGACCACUGCAAAUGUCCCUCCGCCAGCUAGUUAUUGGAAUUGAAAGUACGUUGAUAGUUACGCCAGUGAGUGUUCUUAUAACUGCAUUAUUCCGCUUCAGGAAGGCAAAAACGAACGGAGAGAGUGAAGAAAGCGACUCAAAUAACAAUCCUUCUGAGAUGUCCUAUGUCAAAAACAAAAAGAAACAAUUUUUACUUCCUCAUACCUUCGUAUAUCCCGCCUGGUUUCUCUGUAUCGCAACAGCAGCCACGGCUGCCUCGUUUACAGUUUUUUACAGCCUUCAAUGGGGUAAAGAAAUUGCUGAUCAAUGGCUAGCUUCGGUCGUGGUAUCCUGUGUUGAAGAUGUUUUUAUCUGGCAGCCUAGUAAAGUCCUGGUAUUAGCUUUGUUACUGAUUCUAAUUUUUCAAAGACCUAAGCCGCCCGAUGAAACUGGAAAUUGCGAUGGUACAUCAUUUUCAGAGGAGAUACAGGAGCAACGUGCCUAUGAAUUACGGAAGGCGAAAUUUUUUAGAUUUGCACGUCAAUUUAUGGCUUUUUUGGCCUUCUAUCUCCUUUUGAUGAUGGUAGCUUAUGGAGACAAGGGUCAUCAUAGGUACCUGAUGACAAAAGCCACCCGUGACGGUUUCGCUUAUUUUUACAAGGUAAAUACGGGCGACAAAAUGUGGGAUUACAUGUUGGGGAAGUUCAUCCAUGACUCUUACGCCGGUGAUUGGUACAAUGGCCAGUUUGAGCCGACGACAGAGUACAUUGGCAACAAAGCUUCUAUGCUCAUUGGAAUGCCUCGCCUUCGACAGUUAAGGAUAGAAGAAGAAUCAUGCAGCGUUGUGAAAGAGCUUAGGGAGAUGAUUUACAAAUGCUACGACUUUUACUCGAUGUCAGAGGAGGAUACAACUCGUCUUUAUCUUCCUCACUGGGUUCAUUUGUCAGAUUCUCAGCUUAGCUGGAACAAUCUAUCACAACUUUGUCCCAGACCUUGGCGUUAUUCAACCGCAGAGGAGCUCAAUAAUUUUCCAUCGUGGGCUCAACAUCACAUAUAUGGCGGUGGGGGAUAUGUUCUCGAUCUGGGAUACGAUAAACCGACUGCCAUCCGUAUGAUGGAGGCUGUGAAAGAGAAGGACUGGAUUGAUAGAAGAACAAGGGCGAUUCUCCUUGAAUUUCAAGUCUUAAACUUAAACACUAAUUUAAUGAGCAUUAUCACUUACCAUUAUGAAGUUCUUCCUCUCGGAUUUGGGCUUACUUACGAAAGGAUCGACACCAUUAAAUUGUUUAAUUUUGAAAGUAUAUCCUAUAGCUUUUACCUAAUGUGCCAGCUGAUAUUUAUUUUUAUGGUACUAGUGUAUAUCACGAUACUUUUAAUCAGACUUUGUCGCGAAGGGGGCGCAUUUUUUAAGCGUAUAUCGAACUGGAUAGAUGUUGGUCAAAUUGUGAGUGCCUUGCUUGCAGUUGUGUUUUACGUUAUGAAAGCUAAGUUUAUGCAUGACAGUAUUCAAGAAGUGCAAAGGAAUCCAUUUGUGACUGUAAGCUUUCAGUUUGCAAUUUUUUGGACUGAGAUGGAGAAUACUGCUCUUUCAUUUGCUUUAUUCAUUGCUACUUUCAAAAUUCUUCACUUCAUUCGACUUAAUCCACAGGUUCAAAUACUAGCGUGGACUUUGGCCAUUGCGAAACAUGACAUUUACUCAAUCAGCGUUCUCUUCGGAAUACUCUUUAUAGCACACGGGCAUUUUGCUUACAUAGUUUUUGGUAGUUCAGUGUUUUCAUUUUCAUCGUUCAUUCGCGCAUUCGCUUCUGAAUUUGAACUAGCACUUGGGAACACCUUUCACGUUGUCCAACUCGAUGAUGUCAAUAGAAUCUUUGGUAAUCUCUUCACAGCCAGUUUUAUGGUCACCCUUGCAAUUCUUCUGGUCAAUAUUUUUGUUUCUAUUCUUGAUAUCAAUUUACACGAUGUAAAGGACGACGAAGAGAAGCUUGAAGAAGCAUAUGGUAUGGCAGAAUUUAUCAAAACGCUUUUAUUUGGCCUGGAUCGUAAGAAAGAGGAAGAUACUGGGUUGUAAAUUUUCCAUCA